AUGGCUACAGGAGCAGAAGCAGCAUGCGUCGUGUGUGGCGGGCCCGCUCACAACAAGUGCGGUGCUUGCAAGCUGGAUACCUCAUCGCGUCACUACUGCGGCAAGGCUUGUCAAGUGAAGGAUUGGCCGACUCACAAGAAGGCUUGCAAGGACAUCCAGAACACGAACCUUGAGAAGAAGCUUACUCGCGUCGCAAAUAUCGUUCAACAAGGCUAUUACGGCUUCCGCAAGAAUACCUGGGACAUACCUAUUGUCAAGGUGGACCGUCUUGGCAAUAAUGAUUUGGUAUUAUACAUUAGUGUACCACUUAGUGUCAGCCACGCAAACUACAUCUCCGAAUUUCCUCAGCAUCUGGUCUCGGACAAGCUAACCGAGAACGCUAUGCUCUGUGCUCUGGUUCGCAGCGAGCCCGCAACUUGGAUGUAUAGCAUCAUUGGUGAGCUUACGAAAGGUUUGGACGUUAAGAUCGAGGAAAUCCGCGUAGUUCUCAAACCACGUGUCCACAAGGUGAUCACCCGUCUUGUCAACGACGGGGACAGUCAGGGCUACCCCGGAUACCAACCCGAACACAAACACGAGAUCUUUCGCGUCACAUCGACGAAGACAAAGAAAGUAUGGAUCAUCGAUAUCGGCGGCACACAAUUUGGUAUCCAUCGAGCAAUGUGGACCUGGAAAGAGUAUCAAUCUCCUUUCACACAAGAGGUUGAUCAGGCCUUUCCUUUCGGUACUCACAAAGCCGCACUCAAGAAUGCGAGUGAGUUUCAGGGAAAUCCGACUUUGACAUGCGGUGUUUCUGGAAAGAUAGCAGAGUGUCUUGCUAGUGCGGUCAACAACGACUGGCAGGCUGCAUCUGACUUCACCCUGUCCCAAAUGGUUGCACUGGACGAAGAACACUUCAACAAAGCCAAGUUGGAGCUUCUAAAAUUCAUGAACGGGGUGGUUCGCAUAUUCGUUCACACCAACAAUUUCCAAGCAGAACACAAAGCCGCGGUAGCUUAUGAGCUGAACCAUCCUGGCCUUAGUAAACGCCGUACCAAAGAAGUCCUGAACGCCUUUUUCGCUAGCGUGGCUAGCUCUGAGACUGUUUAG